CAGCUUCCCUGUCCACUUUGCCCACAAAACUUUAAUAAGAAAAGAAAAGUGGAGGGGUUGAUAGGGAAGCUUCGAACCAAGAGAGUGCUCUCAGCAGCAGAGAAAGCAGGAAUUGAUGGGCUCUGCUUCUGGUUGCUGCUAUUUCUGCAACCUGCAUAGAAACAAGGCGGUGGUUCCCCUUUGGCUUUUGUAGCAAUAACUUUGAUUCAGAGUGAGAGAGAGAGAGAGAGAGAGAGAGAGAGAGAGAGAGAGAUGAAUGAUACUACCGAUGAAUGAAUUGGCUUUGUUCCUCUCUCUUCCUUUCAGACCUCGUCAGACGAGAAAGACCAGAGAGAUUUCAUGGGAACAAGAGAGAGAGAAAAUACUCACUCAAUCACUCUCUCUAGCUGUUAGGUAUGGUCUGUGGUAGUUGAAGAAAACCGGGGGCUUUCUUCCACUUCUCCUGUGCCUAAAAACCACACCAAGAAGUAAUUUUCACUCCUUUUUGUAGACACAAAUUCAAAACAAAACAAGGGUUGGAGUGGAAAUCUGCCACCAACCCCCCGAAAACCAAAACCAUGGAUACAUAUGAAGCAACAAGAAUUGUGCUCAAGAGGAUCCAAAACCUGGACCCAGAAAAUGCCUCGAAAAUCAUGGGCCUCCUCCUGAUCCAAGACCACGGGGAGAAAGAGAUGAUUCGCUUGGCCUUUGGCCCUGAAUCACUGGUCCACUCAGUGGUUUAUAAAGCAAGAAAAGAUCUGGGUCUGGCCUCAAACUCUCCGUCAACGCCGCUGUCGCCGUCGUCUUCUCCGUCGCCGUUCCGGCCGCUCUCGCGGCCCAGUCUCCCCUCUCCCCUCAGCAUACCGAACCACUCGUGGGACGCGACCAACUCCUUCUCCGACUACCACGGCCCUGCUGACCCUGAAUUAAUCAGUCCAAACACGGCCUUAUCCCCUUUCCAGAAACACUCCUCGAUGAACUCCGCCGCCUUGCCUUUCUACACAAGCAGAGAGGGUGACUUGAUAGACGAGUUUCAUCUCGAAAACCACCUGUCCUUCCUGAACGACGGCGUAAAAAGCCCCGAUCUUUACAACCCACAUCAAGAUUUAGCCUCCGCCGCCGCCGAGUGGGGAGGCGCGGGCGCCGGGUUCCACCGCCGGAGCUGCUCGGUGAGCGAUUUGGACCCUUCUUACGGGUCCGACGUGGACCCUGGUUUUGGGUUUGGAUGGAAACCGUGCUUGUACUACGCCAGGGGGUACUGCAAGAACGGGAACAGUUGUAGGUUUGUCCACGGCGGCGCCGCGGCUGACAUGGGUUCUGACGCGGUGGUUGGGUCGCCGGAGCAGUGUCACGAGCUGCUUAGAUCUAAGUCGGUGCAGCAGCAGAGGCUGGCUGCUGCUUCUCAGCUUAUGGCUUCUUCUAGCUUUCCUUACUCGGCUUUGGCUGCCAAUAAGUGCUUGAAUCUUCUCCUUCAGCAACAACAAAUCGAUUCCCCAAGGGGGGUGAUGAUGGGAGAGGAUAUGCUGAAGUUCGGGCGGUCUCGGCUCGACCGGAGUGAGUUUCCGAUGAACGGCGCCGUUGGGAUGAUGAGCCCUGGUUCCAGACAGAUCUACUUGACUUUCCCAGCUGAUAGCACUUUCAGAGAAGAGGAUGUGUCCAAUUACUUCAGUAUUUAUGGGCCAGUUCAAGAUGUGAGAAUUCCAUAUCAACAGAAGAGGAUGUUCGGGUUUGUGACCUUCGUUUACCCAGAAACUGUUAAGCUCAUUCUUGCAAAAGGGAACCCUCAUUUUGUUUGUGAUGCUCGGGUUCUUGUGAAGCCAUACAAGGAGAAGGGCAAAGUUCCUGAUAAGUACAGGAAGUUUCAGCAACAAAUGGAAAGGGGAGAGUUCUCAGCAUGUGGAAGCCCAACUGGGUUAGACUCAAGAGACGCCUAUGAUCUCAAUCUUGGAGGGCGGAUGUUUUGUGAUAGCCAAGACUUGAUGUGGAAAAGCAAAUUGGAUGAGAGACUGAUGGGUUUGCAGCUUCUCGACAUGAAGAGGCCGAUUCACCACCGUACCCUUUCCACCGGCGCUUCCUUUCCGUCCCCCACUAACUCUCCGAAUUUCUUCAAUCAAGUUCCCGGUCAUCCCUUCGAUCGCUCCAGUCCAGAAGCACUAAACGAAAAUGGUUCCAAUGUGGCAAUGCACAUUGCUGCCGAUGAGCAAUCGGAAAAAACCGCAAAUGGGACUGAGAAAGAGAAAGAUUCAUUAAUUGCAAAUGGCACUGCUGAGAAUGGCAAUGGCAAAGAAAGCCCUAAUCAGCGUGAAGAAAGUGAUCUUUUCCCAGAAAGCUUGUUGGAGCACAAUCUACCUGAUAGCCCAUUUGCAUCUCCUAAAGCCACCGGAGACUACAGCACAGCCUUCUCCGACACUGCUGCCGUUGAGGCUGCCGGAAAGAGCAUCGUGGUUCCGCUGGAACCUGCUAACAAUCACUUGAUCACUUCAUCCUUACUUCCUGCCACUUCCACUCUGGACAUGGCUCCUUUCAAAUCCUGCUACUUUCAAGUGCCAAGCCAAGGUUAUGAUUUCAGGUUCUCUUCUAGCCAUGGAGCCAUUGGAAUGUAGGGCCCAUUUGGGUUUUAGCUUCCUUUAGCUUUUUAGGAAGAUUGAAAAGAAGUAACCAAAACCAAGAUCUGUAGAGAAACCACCACCGCCUCCGCCGCCGCCGCCACCACAACCACCACCAUACCAUAUACUACUAAGAUACAAAUGCAUACAUAAGAGCCAGUAAAAGAAGUGGGCCACCAGCUUCUCUCUGCUGUACUAUUUCCCACAUCACUUUUUCUCUAGCUGGAGUUGGACCGCAGGUAAAAAAAAAAAAGAAGCAAAAAAGUCACAGAAAACCAAACAAGCAAUCAAUAUCAAUGUGUAGUAGCAGUAGCAGUAGCAGUAACUCUUGGGGGGUCUGUUAUUUUCUUUGCCUUUUUCUCUCCAGUUAGUAUUUUCCUUUCCCCAUAUGAGUGUUAUAGUCCCAAAGUGUAGCGUUUUGUUUAUUGCAUGUUGUUUUAGGAAGACCAAAAUUAAUGUACAGCAGCAGUCCCAAAUCAUGGUUGUAACUACAAGGCUGAUUUGGUGCCCCCAAAAGGGUAGAAGUUUGGAAGUUCAGAGGGUCCAAAUGAAAGGAAAAAAAGAUAGAUUCAGCUCAGUUAUAUGAGUAGUGGCGUAAGUUUUUAGCCUUUUCUAGGUUCAAAGAAAUGGUAGUUUCUACCAUAACUUGCUGUUUACUAUUGUUGUAAUACAGAGUAUCAAACCUUAGAAUUUCAAUAGACAGAAAAGAGGAAAUUUGAGAAAGAAGAGAAACGAAGGUGUCUUUUUCAAA